AUGUUUUACGACCUAAAUGUCGACUACAAUCCGUCGACCAGCGACGCUGAGUUGUCCAAAACUCUGGCUUUUCUCAGCGAGUGUUACAAUUCCUGUGCGAUCCCAGAUCCACUGCCGUUCAAGACGCCCGCUUCCUUGACCAUCCUCCGUCGCUGCACUCUGAUCCUGUCCGAAUCAGCCACCAACAACCGUCUGGGCGCUCUAUCGAACAACUACGACAUCCUGGCUUUGCGCCCUGUCGACGAAAAGACCUUUCAACAUGCCUGCGGCACCGCUGAUUGCGACCUAAUAUCUCUCGACCUUACCCAACGGUUGGGCUACCACUUCAAGUUCAAGACCGUGUCUGAGGCAGUCAAGCGUGGUGUCCGCUUCGAGAUAGCAUAUAGCCAGCCCUUGUUGGCCGACCCCGCCGCCAAACGCAACCUCAUCAGCAAUGCGACCGGCUUGAUUCGCGCGACCCGAGGCGGUCGUGGUAUUAUCAUCAGUAGCCAGGCCACCAAGGCUGUCGGCUGCCGCGCACCCUGGGACGUUGUCAAUCUAGCUGCUAUCUGGGGACUCGCUCAAGAUCGCGGCUAUGAAGCUGUCAGCAAAGAGGCCAGGAGUGUCGUCGUCAGUGCCAAAUUGAAGAGGACCAGCUUCAGAGGCGUGGUGGAUGUCGUGUAUGGCGGCGAGAAGCCUGCAGCAAAAGAGCAAUACGAGAAACAGGGUCGGAAAGACAAGUCUAAGGUUGCCCUUCUCAAGGACAACGGCGCGAAGAAGAGAAAGGCCGAUGAAGUGGAAGAAACAACGACAGAUGGCUCGGAAAAGCCCCUUUCAAAACGAGAGCAAAAGAGAAGAGCCAAGGCUAAGAUGGAGAGUCUGGGUCAAACCACUACUCCAGCACCAUGA